UGCUCGGUGCGCUCGGGCGAGACCCGCCGGUUCCAGAACGUCUUUGGUACCCUUGGAAUCAAAGGAGACCCUGAUAUUACUGCAACUGGGAGGAUUGGAGAGCUGUGUGGCAACCUGAUGCAGAAUGAACUGGGAUUGGAGACAUGAGACCAUGGAGAGACACGCUUCUCACUCCCAGAGAUGUUUGCAACCACGUCCACCAUCUUUCCCGCCAGUGGCUGAAGCUGGAAGAGUACACGAACAGUCAGGUGCUGGACCGGGUGGUCCUGCAGCAGUUCCUGGCCAUCCUGCCAGCAGAAAUGGCGAGCUGGGUGAGGGACUGUGGAGCAGAAACCAGUUGCCAGGCAGUGGCCCUGGCAGAGGGUUUUCUCCAUAGCCAGGCUGAGGACAAAAAACAGGAAGAGCAGCAGGCAGAGGAGCUGUUUGCAGAAGUUGGUCCGGAUUUACCUGCAGCAGCCAAAGCUCCAGCAGACACCAUACGGAGCACCCCUGAAAGGCGGUUCCAGCCGGGAGGUGAUGAGCAAGCUGGGCCUGGAACGACAGCACCAGCGGGGUCUCAGCCUUCUCCUUUUCUUCAUGAUGGAACGGAGCGGGAUCAGGGCCACGUCACUUUUGGGGAAGUCGCCGUGUGCUUCACGGAGGAGGAGUGGGCCCUGCUGGAUGCUGGCCAGAGAGCCCUGCACAGCCAGAUCAUGGAGGAGAAUCACGGGAUUCUGGCCUCUCUAGGGGACACUUGCAAUGGGCAGAAUCAGGGAGAACCAUGUGGGAUGUCCCCCAGAAGAGGCCCAUGGAAAUACAUCACAGAGGAAAGAAAGAAAACAGAAAGCAACUGGAAUAGGCUGGAGUUAGGAAAAGGCUUUAGUCAGAUGAUAUCACUCAUUUCUCAUCAAAGAAAUCAUGCAGGAAAGCGCUGUGGUCAGAAUAGCCAUCUUAGUUCCCGUGAAAAAACUCACGGGGGGCGAAAACCACAUCAGUGUUUAGUAUGUGGAAAAAGCUACAUGCAGAAAGUAAGUCUCAUGCACCAUCAGAGAACCCACACAGGGGAGAAACCAUAUCAGUGUUUGGAAUGUGGAAAGAGCUUCAUUCAACAAGCAAAUCUCACUUGUCAUCAACGAACCCACACAGGGGAGAAACCAUAUCAAUGUCUGGAAUGUGGAAAGAGCUUCAUUCAAAAAGCAAAUCUCAUUUCUCAUCAACGAACCCACACAGGGGAGAAACCAUUUCAUUGUCUGGAAUGUGGAAAGACCUUCAGGAAUAAAUCCAAUCUCACCUUUCAUCAACGAACCCACACAGGAGAGAAACCAUAU